UAUAAGUUACCUUUCCCCGCCACAUUUGCUUUCUUCUUCAUCCUCGUCGCACCUUUUCAUGCGCCUCCUCUCUCUCCCCCGACCCCUCCUCCUCUUUCGACCUUUCUCCACCACCACCCCGACCUCAAACCCUAACCCUAACCCUAAUGCCACCCCCAAAUGGCCCCUGCUCCUCCUCCCCCGCCCCAUCUCCACCAUCGUGCACCUCCACCAGCUCCUCUCCCGCGCCGUCGUCUCCGGCCUCCUCCGACCCCCCCACCUCGCCCUCUGGAACUCCCUCCUCCACUCCCUCACCCGCGGCCCCUCUCCCUCGCUCGCCCUCUCCCUCUUCCUCCUCGUCCGCGCCGUCGGCAUCAGCGCCGACAGCUACACAUUCACCUCCGCACUCAAAGCCUCCUCCCACCUCUCCCUCCUCACAACAGGGGAGGAGAUCCAUGCCUUAAGCAUCAAACUCGGGUUCAAUUCCGACACCUUCGUGCUCAACUCCCUUAUCAACAUGUACUCCGUCUGUGGCUCCCUGGGUGCGGCAAGAAAGGUUUUUGAUUUGGCUAUGGAGAGCUCCCGCGAUGUUGUUUCCUGGAAUAGUAUGAUAUCUGGGUAUUUACAGAGAAAUCUGUGUGACGAAGCUUUGCGGGUUUUUGUUAAAAUGGUUAGAGAGUCAGUUGUGAUGGAUGAGGUCACCCCGGUGAACGCAUUGAUUGCAUGUGGGAGAACUGGGGCGAUCGAUCUCGGUAGGAGGAUUCAUGCGCUGGUCGUGGUGAAUGGGUUUGAGUUGAAUCACUACUUAGGUUCUUCUCUAGUUAGUAUGUACGCAAAGUGUGGGCUCGUUGAGGAUGCUCGUAAUGUGUUUGAUGAAAUGCCUGAUAGGAAUGUGGUAUGUUGGACUUCGAUGAUUGCCGGGCAUGCUCAAUCGGGGAGGUUUAAAGAGGCAGUUGAGCUUUUUAGGGAAAUGCAAAUUAUGGGAGUAAAAGCAGAUGACGCCACUAUUGCUUCUGUCGUUUCUUCGUGUGCCCAAAUGGGCGCUCUUGAUCUAGGAAAGUAUGUCCAUGCUUAUUGUGACAUCCAUGGCAUAGGUAAAGAACUCUCAGUGAAAAAUGCAUUCAUUGACAUGUACUCAAAGUGCGGGGACAUUGAGAGAGCCUAUGAGAUAUUCAAUGGAUUGGCUAAGCGGGAUGUCUUCUCAUGGACAGCGAUGAUAUCAGGCCUGGCCAUGAAUGGGUAUUGCAAAGAUGCAUUGGAUUUCUUCGAACAAAUGGAAACAAAGUGUGAGGUUAGGCCAAAUGAGGUAACUUUUCUGGGUGUCUUAUCUGCUUGUAGCCACGGGGGAUUUGUUGGAAAAGGUUACUAUUACUUUGACCGCAUGAAUAAAGUCUACAAGCUUACUCCUAAAAUAGAGCAUUAUGGGUGUAUGGUCGAUCUUUUGGGCCGUGCAAAGCUUUUGGCUGAGGCAGAUAGAUUUAUCAAGGCAAUGCCGGUCGUUCCUGAUGUGGUUAUUUGGCGAUCACUGCUUUUUGCAUGUAGAACUGUUGGGGAGGUUAAAUUAGCAGAACGCGCAGCAGAGAGAAUUAUGAAUUUGGAGCCGGAUAAAUGCGGAGGGCAUGUUUUACUUUCUAAUGUAUAUGCCACAACCUCAAGGUGGAGUGAAGUGAACAGGGUGAGGAGAGUGAUGAACAAAUGGAGAAUAAACAAACAGCCUGGCUGUUCCUUCAUAGAAGUGAAUGGUUGCUUCAGAUGCUAUACAUAUAUGCAUGCAGAUCAAAAUGUCACUACUGAAAACAAAAUUAUUCCAAUGCUACACAUGCAAGGAAGUGAGAACUGAGAACUUAAUCGACUACAGUCAAGCAGAUGGAACAACACUAGACCUCUUAGAACAACCAAAGAGGUUCUAAAUAAGCGCUAUUACUAGUUAUCCCAAUAUUCACAGGGAUGUUGAUUGGUUGAGAAGACAACUAGGGAAGCGGGCAAAAAAAGAAACAUGGAACAGCUCUCUCCUCCUUUCACACCUGCAAUAGGAGGGGCGGAUAUCUCACGGGAGCCAAAAAA